AUGUCCGCCGAAGAGGAGAAGCCAAAGGCCAAGUCUUCCACCAAGUCGUCGUCAAAGUCCACCUCCAAGACCUCGACCGGCGAGAAGAAGAAGGUCAAGAAGAGUUCGUCGUCCAAGGACGAUGCCGGGGCCAAGACGCACAAGCUGGCCCUGAAGGGCUCUUCCAAGGUCGUUUCCGAAUUCUUUGAAUACUCCAUCCACACCAUCCUCUUCCAGCGGGGCGUCUACCCGGCCGAAGACUUCACCGCCGUCAAGAAGUACGGCCUAACCAUGAUGGUGUCGUCCGACGACCAGGUGAAGGCCUACAUCAAGAAGAUCAUGUCCCAGCUCAGCAAGUGGAUGCUCGGCUCCAAGAUCAACAAGCUCGUCGUCGUCAUCACCAGCCGCGAGACGGGCGAGCACGUCGAGCGCUGGCAGUUCGAUGUGCAAAUCUUCAACAAAAUCGCCAACAAGACCCGCUCGUCGCACACCACCGCCGCCGCCGCCGCCGACGACGAAACGCCCGCUUCCGCUGAUGGCGAGAGUGAGAAUGCCGCCGCCGCCGAGCCGCAACCGCCGUCCAAGGAAACCCCAGAGAAGACCGAGGCCGAGAUCCAAUCCGAGAUCCAAUCGCUGUUCCGCCAGAUCACCGCCUCCGUCACCUUCCUGCCCAUGCUGGACGGUAACUGCACCUUCAACGUCCUGGUGUAUGCCGACGCGGAUUCCGACGUCCCCGUCGAGUGGGGCGAUUCCGAUGCCAAGGAAAUCGAAAACGGGGAGAAGGUCCAACUGAGAAGUUUCUCGACAAGCAACCACCGCGUCGAUACCCUAGUCAGUUACAGGCUUGCUGAAUAA